AUGAACCAAUCCGCAAAUCAGAAUAUUGGCGCACAUCCACAAAAUUAUAGUGGCCAACUACAAAGGCUUCAAAAUACUGGUGGUCCACAAAAUAUUAAUGGCCAACUUCUAAGGAUCCUAAAUACUAGCAUGCUUCCUCUGAGACGUCAGAGCGUUGCAAGUCUAUCCACUGGUACUUUUAUUUCCGUUCAACGGUACACUGACCUAAUUAACGGCACAGAUCCGUUCACCACAAUACAAAGUGAAGAAAAUUCAUUCCCACAGAGCACCCAAUUUUCAACUUUGUUUUCAGGAGUUUCUUUUCCAUAA